AUGCCUGAUAUAAACUUCCAUACACUCGAAGACAGAGCCAUUGAUGUUGACCCGGACAUCAGGUUUAUGGCUUUGGAGGAUCUCCGUAAAUAUCUCACUGAUGAUACCAUCACCACCAGUCGAAUCGCCAUCAAUCAAUCAUUAAAUGACAUGAUUCCAAUACUUUUGAAAAUGUUGAAUGAUCCCAACCCCGAUGUUCAAAAUCAAGCCGUGAAAUCGUUUGAACCAAUGGUGAGGUACUUGACCAAUGACUCUAUUGUUAAAUUAGUCAAGAAAUUAUUUGCAUUGGUGCAAGAGAGUAACAGCAAAGAUUCAACUUCGUCAAGAACAACAACUGGAUUCAGAAGCUUCACCAUUUCAAUUCCAAAUAUGGCAUUGAGAUCAUUGUUUGCACAAUCUAACUCAAGGGCGAAAUCUGAUUUUGUUUCUGACAAGUUAUCUAUAUCAAAUUACAAGUAUGACCGUGAAGUAUCAGAAUCUAUAACAAAAUAUCUUAUACCAUUGAUUUUGGAAAAUGACACCUCCAUUGAUAAUAUUGAGUUGUUGAUUGAUUUGAUUAAUGAGUUGGGUUAUGUUCUCUCACAAGAAGAUUUGAUCAAAUUGGGAAAGUAUUUCAUCAAUGUUGGCUUCAACGAGCUGGGAAUCAUUGGCAAAAAAGCAAUUGUUGGCGUUGAAGGGGUAACCGCAUUGAUUCGGUCAGCUAAUGCAAUUGAUCAAUUGGUUGACGAGAUAUCGGUUCAAGUUGAACAAUCAAGGUCGAACAAUAGGCUGUUUGUUUUAUAUCAAUUGUAUUCAGUGAUUUUGAAAAGAGGAAUUAAACCGGAAAAGACUGAUCAGAUUUACAAUAUCGUUAAAUCAGAACUAGAAGCAUCCACUACGGGUGAUGACGAAGAGGAUUUGGACUAUGAUCUCCUUGAACAACAAAAUGCUUUAAAAGAGGAGGCAUUUACGACAUUGAUUGACUUGGUGAAUCAAAACUUUUUAUCGGUAGCGUAUAAAGGUGAAGUUCUUGCAACAAUUACAAAAUAUCUCAAGUAUUAUCCAUUGCAUGAUGAUAGCGAUGAGGAAAUCGACUCCGAUGGCGAUGAUGGUAUAGAUUUCAGUGACGACGAAAUUGAAGUAGCCGACGAUCUGGAUUACGAUAACUCAUGGAAGUUGAGAUCAAAAGCGACCUUGUUGGUUCGCUCACUACUUGCAAGCUUUCCUGAUACUUUGGAGAUUUUGUCAAGACAAGUGUUGCCUAUAUUGCCUCUCAAGGACUCAAAUUACCAAGUUGUAAUUGAAGCUGCAAAAUCUUGCAUUGCAAUUAUCCAAGCAACAUCACCACGUGAAUCACAAAAUGUUCAAUGCAUAGGUUUGAUAUUGCGCGAUCGUUUGGAAGAUGUCAAGGAGGAACAAUUGCCAUUAUUUCUCCAUAUUGUUGAGAGUUUAAACCGAUUUGAUAACUUGUCUUUGAUUGAAACAACUUUUAGUAUUUUAAGCCAAAGAAGUGUUGUUUCUAGUAGCUCAUUGGACUAUUUGCGAUUUUACACCAGUGUUUUAAAGUUUCACGAUAAUUUGAAUACCACUAUUAUCGAGCGUAUAUCCAAGGAUAUUGCCACUAAUCUCGAGGACAAGUCAUUUAAUUUGAUUUUGGAAACAUUGAGAUGUCUCAACUUACUUCUCAAACACAAAGACGCAUCAAGUAUAUCAAUGAUGGAUGAAAUAUUGACAUCAUUGAUGGUCAAGGUAGAAAAUAGCAAACAAUACCCUAGUGAUUUGGUACGUCAUGCUAUCGUUUGUCUUGGCGAAGCAUUAGCUAAUAACUUGGUUUCAUCAGAAGAAAAGAUAUUGGAAGUUUUUAAAACAUCCAUUAGCUACGAAGGAACGAGCAAAGUUACCAUCGAUGUACUUGGAAACUUGUACAAAUCAAAGUCAAUUUCUCAGGAUUAUUCAUUGUCUAUCAUUGACAAAUUGUCCAAUUACAUUCUUUCAAGCAAUGAAGCAACUUCGUUAGCAACUUUGACAUUAUUAAGUGAGAUUAUCCAACUGUUACCACCAAGAAAAUAUGAUGGCAUUAUCUCGAACUUGUUACAAUUGCUCCAAGUUACCAGCUCCUUGAAUUACCACUAUAUUUUCCUGAUUUUUAGCCACUUGUCAAACGAAAUCAUGAAUGAUUAUGCAUACCGAAAACAGUUGAUUCAAAUUUUGAUACAAUUGGUUAACGAUAAAAAGAUAAACGCCAACGAGAAAGUGUUUUUCCAAUUAGUUUCUGCCGCUUGCGAAUUGGACAAGUCUGUUUACCCUCAAUUGGAACAAAAUUUGCCUGCAAAUCUUGAAAUUACUCCAAAAAUAUUGGCGGUUUGUGCUGACGAUGAAACGAGACAACAAUUGGUUAGCCAGAGACUGAGUGAGUUUCACAAUUACUACACCACUGAUUACAACAAUUCGCAAUUUGCCUUUGUCAUUUUGUUCCUCGCCUUCUCACAUGGCGAUGUACCUGACUUACUGGUUGAAUCCUUAACUGAUCUUUUGCAAAAGCCCGAUUUUACCAAUGAUGCUAAUGUUCAAGCAGCAUCAACUGCAUUGGGGUUAGUAGCAGAAAGCGAUCCUGCUUAUGCAAUACCCCGAAUCCUUGACACUUACAACGUGGACACCCUUUCAACAACAGUGCGCGGGUCAUUGAUUGAUUCCUUGAAAGUUGUUGUUGACCACUGUGACGAACAACAAAAGUUGCAAAUUUGGCAAACAGUUUUCAACUUGCAGAUCGAAUACAACCAUGACUUGAUCCCUGAAUUGAGAAAAUCUGGUGAGCUUCUUGGCUCAAUUGCAUUUUCAAUUAGCGAAUCCGAAAUUAGACAGGUUGCCGAUAACCAAUCGAAUGAAAGGAAGAUUUAUCUUGUGUUGGUCAUUUCUAAAUCGUUGAUUAGUGGUCUCGAUAUGUCUAAUACCAACGAAAAAUUAUUAACGUACUUGGUCACUGCAUCUAUCAAUUGGCUUAACAUAGUCGAUGUUGAUAUUAGACAGAUUGUUGUCGGCAACUUGUUGACUGGUAUACACAGUAAACCAAACAUUAUCUUGCCACUUUUGAACAGGUUAAUCUUGCCUCAAUUGUACAAACAGUUGACGGCAGAAAAGGCAUUCAAAAAAAUCAUUACCAUGGGUCCAUACAAGUAUGUUCUUGAUCAAGGAUUAGAAAUCAGAAAACUUUGUUAUGAAUUUAUAUAUUCGAUUUUGGCCAUUGACGAAGCAACACUUGCCAAGUACGACAUCAAUAUUCAACUGAUUGCACUGAAUAUAAUUGAACACGGGUUAGUUGAUGAUCAAUCAGAUAUCAUUGUACUCGCAUGCAUGAAUUUGUUGAAUUUUCUCGAUUUGCAUGAAUUACAAUUUAAAGAAUUGCUCAAAAACUCCAAUCAAGAGUUUAUGAGUAAGUUUAUCAAUGGAUUGAAUGCUCAGUUGAAUAAAAAGCUAUCAGCUAAAGCAUCAUCACAAGAGACUGAAAACCAUCAGGAACGCAUCAAGUCUAUAAUCAAGUUAUCGAAAAAGAUUAAUUUGGUCGUUGAAGCGAUACUGUCCGAGCUCAAUGAUGCAGGUUUGCUUGAUGCUUGGAAUCAGUAUCAUAAUGGCCUUAAGCAAAAUUUUGCUGUAUUCUACAACAGUGCAAAUAUUUAG